AUGUCUGCCAUUGACAUAGCAAUAGAAUCAUACUUGAAGAUACAUUAUGAAAGAUGUUCCCUCAAUGAUUUCUUACAAAAGAACGCAUCACUAGUGAAUGAAGAAUUUGAUGAUAGAACUUGGUACAAUAAGUUUUCCAUCUGGAAGAAUAGAUUUUUUACAAAAGCGAAACAAAUGAUUUCUGAUGAAGGAUUGAUUAAAAAGAAUGGAGUGUCGUCCUCUAGCUCAAUGUCUUGCACUUAUGCAGGUGUCGUCCCUGUGAAGUGUAGGAAUGUUAAAGACACUCCAGCUGGUGUCAUCCCUAAACUGGAGAAUGGAUUGCAAAAUGAAGAGCCACGAAUAUGUUUCUGGAAGGAAGUUGAGCAUGUUCAAUCAGUCAAAUCAAAACAGCUUAAACUGAAACGAAAGGUUGAUAUUACUUCAGUUGACAUUUUUGAUAAAUCAACAUCUCAACAAGGGAAUGAGAUUCUUAAUCUUUAUAAUGAUAUGUCUUGUGAAAUGAUUAAGAAGCAUUCAAAUGAAAUGAAUUCAAGCAGCUCUAAAGAGGUUAGUAUGAAAAGUAAUACAAUGUAUUAUGGUCAAUCUAAUUCAAAUCUAAAACGUUCAUUAGAUAGAAUUACAAAAGAUGAUUUUAAGAAUGUUGAAAAUCAAAUAAAUUACAAAAAGAAAAAGGAAAAUGAGAAUAUGGAUAAUUGUGUGAAGAAUCUUCUUAAUGAAAAGCAAAAAUGUUCGAAGAGCAUGAGUAAUUUAAUUGAUAAUUUCCAAAAAUAUUGUGCUGAUACCAAAAAUGAAAUGACAUCAAAUGAAAUCAUGGACCUAAAACCAACAUCAGAGUUUGUUAUGAGGUACACAAAAGAGGUUGACCAUAUUCAAGUUUUGAAGGAAGUUUUUGAACCUGUUGACAAGUUAUUUCCAGACAAAGGCUUCUAUUUUCUUUCUGAGUUUUUUUCAGAGGGAUGUAAUUAUCAAAAAUGGCAGGAUAAGUUAGAAACUUUAUUAUUGCCAGAAGAAGAUCCUUUCUUAAGGAAAUUGAAAAGAUUUAUGUUUGAAAUACUACCAAUAUUUUUUGAUGUAUUUGAUCAGUUGCAUGAUAAUCCUCUUAAGGAUCAUGAAAUGUUAGAAGAUGAGGGGAAUAAGGCCAUUGAUGCUUCAUACUACAGAAAAUUAAUAAUGAAUCAAAAAGGGAAUGCAGACCGUUCAGAUGGAAUAGCAUAUACAACAAAUGAAAAGCAUUAUGAAUUCUGUGUGACAGAAGGAAGCAAGCCUUACAAUGUUGAUUUUGACAAAGAAAUUGCAGAUUAUAUUCAAAAUGCACGUGCAGGAAAGGAUAUGUUAAAUUUUGUUGUUAUAUCAGAAGUAAAAUCAAAGAGAGUAUUGCCAGAAAAUUUUCGAGUAUACAUGGUUCAGAGUUAUGGCUUGAAUCUUAGCUUUUAUUUUAUGGAUUUCUUAGGUACUUACCGACUUUUUGAAGUUGAAUCAUGUGAAUUACCAACAGAUUUUAUAGGGGUCAAUUUGUUUCCUUUUUUCUUUCGUGCUAUUAUCACUUGGGUGUUAAUGAUUGGUGAAACUGACAGUGAAUUUCAACGGACUAGAAACAAAAGAAAUUCACGUUAUAGCAAUGCACAUAAUCUAUGGGCCCUUUCUGAAAUACAUCACAACCAACCCAGAAAAGAUG